AUGAACACCGCGACAAGUCAAUGUAAUCAUGGUAGCGAAGAUCUGAAACAACUUGUGGCGGAACAGACGCCGUUGGAGGAAAAGAAGAAGUUGAUGGAGAAACACUUCAGCAUUCUCGAGGAGUUGGUCGAUCUCGAAGACGAAGAAACAGCGGAAGAAGAAGUGGACGCUGACGCAAAGGUACAGAACUGGUUGGGCGCCGCUGGAGGCAAGUGCCAAGAAGAAGGACCAAGUGAAGAAGAAGUUUCCGGGAACGAAGAAGAUGAAGACAUCGAGGAAACGGAUUUCAGCGAUGAUUCCGAAGAAAAAGAGCAGGAAGACAGCAGCGAUGGUUCCACGGAGGACGAGCUGGGACGGAAUAAUAAUUCCACCUUCAAUCCCAAGGAUCGUUUUACACCAGCGAAGAAAGGCGUAAGCAAACUGAGAAAGCAGCAGCAGCUAUCGAUCAAACCGAAGCCUGACGCGCGAUCAACUCACUGCCCGCCACACAGUCGCAAAGGACCUGCCCAUCUUCUCAAGGAAUCCCGAAGAUGUUUCUCUCCACGUACGAAAGCACGACUCGCAUGUGCGGUUACACAGAGGAAGAGAAUAUGCUGCGACUGA